UUGCAGAGACGCCGCCUGGACCUGACUCCAGCUUGUUGUGUCUACAUAACAUUCUAUAACUUUGCAUCGGACCCAACUGUUGUGUGGAUAUUGGACAGUGUGUAGGGUGAUAAUGCAAUAGCUGGAGCUAGAACAACAAUUACUGUCUCCACAUUAAUGAGACCACGAAUUAACUUCAGUGAAGAGGCCCCUCCGGUUAAAGGGCGAUGGAUGGAUACGGUUCCCUUGACGAUGGGCGGAAUGGGAUGGCGGACAGGGAGCGACCGGUGACCUUUCACCCCGAUGACGACUCCCAGAUCGAUGAGUUUAUGGGGCAGGAUUACAACGAGGAGGAAGAGGAGCGGCGAUAUUACCGGCGGAAACGUCUAGCCACGCUCAGGAACCUGGUCUGUGCCAGCCUGGCCAGUAUGCUGAUCUACGCAGUCUACCUGGGCCUCCUCCAAAUGCAACUGAUCCUCCACUACGAUGAGACGUACCGGGAGGUGAAGUACGGGAACAUGGGUCUGCAGGACAUCGAUCGCAAGAUGUUGAUGGGCAUCAAUGUAACGCCCGUGGUGGCCCUGUUGUACACACCCGUCCUCAUCAGGUUUUUGGGAACCAAGUGGAUGAUGUUCUUGGCCAUUGGAAUCUACGCCCUCUUUGUCUCCACCAACUACUGGGAGCGUUACUACACCCUGGUCCCAUCAGCCGUGGCCAUUGGUGCGGCGAUCGUUCCACUCUGGGCGUCUGUGGGGAAUUACGUUACUAGAAUGGCGCAGAGGUAUUAUGAGUACCAACAUUACAAGGAGGGACAUGUACAGGAGCAGAGGAAAGCACCAAAGGGGGCCUGUCACCCACACAUCAUCAUCUUCCAAUCUAUCUUCUACUUCAUCUUCAACCUGAGUUUCGUCGGCGCUGAGCUCCCAUCGUUGAUUUUCCUGAACAAGUACCUGUCUCCGGCCAGUCACACGCUGAGCAACGUCCGGAUCUGUGGGAGUGACGUCCGGGGAACGAUCGAGGGUCUGAACCGAACGGUAUUGAACAAACUCCCUCAGAGUCUGAGUCUGAUCAAGGUUGAGAGUGUUCUGAUGGGAACGGCCUUCAUCGCCAUGUUACUGGUGCUGACACUGUGUGGCCCAGCGUACAGACCCACCGAGGAGAUAGAUUUACGCAGCGUGGGAUGGGGAAACAUCUUCCAGUUGCCCUUUAAACAUCUGCGGGAUUACAGACUCCGUCUGUUGUUGCCCUUCUUUGUCUACAGUGGCUUCGAGGUCCUGUUUGUCUGCUCGGGAUUCACUCUGACAUAUGGAGUUUGCUCCCUGGGUUUGGAGUCUCUCCCAGCAUUGAUCAUGGUUUACGGAGCCUCUGCCUCUCUCUCCUCCCUCCUGGGCCUCUCCUCCCUCUGUCUACCUCGGCAGGUCACCCUGCUCUCGGGAUCAUUAGUCCAGGGAGUAUUGCUCCUCGCCCUCUUCGGCUGGUCUCCUCUCCCCAGAGAAACACGUCCAGGACCCGCAGCCGCCCUCUACGUGGUGGCCGCUCUCUGGGGGCUGGGGAGUGGACUGAACAAGAGUGGACUCUCUGCGCUGCUGGGAAUGCUGUAUGAAGACAAAGAGCGCCAGGACUUUGCUUUUGCCGUCUACCACUGGUGUCAGGCUGUGGCCAUCUUCAUUGUCUACCUGUGGUCCUCCACGUACAUGAAGGUGAAGCUGGGGAUCAUGUUCGUCACUCUGAUCGCCGCGGUGAUCUCCUACGUGUGGAUGGAGUGGAAACUCUUCCAGAAAGUUCGAUUCCGGGUGCCCCGGAUUCCUCGACCCCGGCACAAAGUCAAAGGUUACCGGUACCUGGAGGACGAGAACUCGGACCAGUCGGAGGAGGAGGAGGAGGAGGAGGGGGAAGGUGAGGUGGAGAUGGAGGGAGACUCUCCCUCUGAUCCCCUCCAACCGGUGGUACAGCAUGGAGCGACGGAGGCUGAGGAACGGCCUCAGUGACACCCCUCCCUCUCUCUCUCUCUCUCUCCCCUCCUCUCUCCCCUCUCUAUCUCUCCCCUCUCUAUCUCUCCCCUCUCUCUCUCUCUCCCCCCUCUCUCCCCUCCCCUGUCUCCUCUACCCUUUCCUCUCCCCUCCUUCCCCUUUCCCACCCUCUCUCUACCACCCUCUUUCUCCCCCCCGUUUUUCCUCCCCCUCUUUCCCUUCUCCCUCGCCUCUCUCUCUCCCCCCCUCUCUCUCUCCCCCUCUCUC